GAAAACAAGAAUAAAUUAGUUGAAUGAAAAGCGCUCGUCGAUACUGUGGGGAUUAAGAGUACCGAUUUGGAAGAUAAAUUUUUGUUCUAGUGUUUUUCGGAAAGCCGCCCACUCCGAAGAAGGGCUAACGCUCGAAACGUCAGCUUUUUUACUCUUUGCGGUGGUCAGCAUACGUUUUCAACUCAGUUGUUAACACUAAAUUACCUGCUAUACUCUCCCACCGAAGCAGCACCAUAGUUUUUUUAGAGACUUACCCUCUUUGUUCAACUUCAACCAGGCUGUUGUUGAAGCAGGCCAUUUGAAAACUGCAGUAGCAAUUGAUGACAUGAUUGGAACCACACAAAACACUUCUGCAGUAAAUGUUCUCAAGUUCUUUGAUCUAACUGAUGGUUUGGAAUUGAGCUGGGCUCAUGCGGUGAACAGUCAGUUAAAGCUUAAGGAAGCCUUAUCUGGAAAGAGUAUGAUGUUAGAGGCAGAUAUACUUCUAUGCCCCGAAGAUGGAACACCAAUAAUGGCACAUCCACCCAACACUGACAGUGAUCUUUCACUCACUCAGUUUCUGGAAAAAACUGUUGGUUCAAGUAAAGGACUUAAGCUGGAUUUUAAAGAAACAGCUGCAGUUGAGCCUUCACUAAAAAUUCUUACCGAUCAGAUCACAGAGCAGCAUGGUGCAACUAUUCCAAUAUGGCUUAAUGCAGAUAUCCUCCAUGGUCCCUGUCAUACAGACUGUAAUGAUCCUGUUGAUCCAAAAGUGUUUCUUUCUCUCUGUGCAAAAUAUUUCCCUUCAGUUACAUUAUCAGUUGGCUGGACUACAGGCAAUCAUAUUUCUAAAGAAAAUGGUGGUUAUGAUUGGCAUCUCAUUUGGCCAAUGAAAGAGUUGCUCUCAAAUUUGACUCAGCCAAUCACUUUUCCAAUUAGAGCCAAUUUGAUUGGUAAUUCAAUAGAGCAGUUAAUAUGGCUUCUUGGUCUCUCCGAUGAGUACACCUUAACAAUCUGGUCAGGAAACUUUGACACUCCAAACAUGAAAGACCUUGCCACUCUGCGUAAUAGAGUGUCUGACAAAACAAGGAUCUUUUAUGACCUGCCUUUAGAUCAGGAAACAAAAUUCAAGGAAGAACUAAAACAUUACAGAUAAUUUUUAGAGGCCCUCAUACUGAUGUAAGAGGCUUCUUUUUAGCUCAUAUUUGAAGUAAUGAUGGUAAUAAUAACAACAAUAAUAAUAAUGCAUUUAAUAAUUGUAACUACUUGAAAUGAAUGAGAAACCAAUUAAAAUUCAUAAAAGUGUGAAAAUUUGCACUUCCUCUAGCUUUUAAUAUGAAGACAUAUCUUUUAUAACUACUGUUUCCAUCUCUUGAUUUUAAAUAACAUGAUGUACAAAUACCUUUAUUGCCUAUUUGAUUUGAGUUUGAAGUAAUUGGUGUUAAUUACUAGUAGUUGACUGCAGUUUUCUCUUAGAAAUGAUUACCCUACUGUUGUACUCUCCAUUGUUGGAGACUUUGUGACAUGUGUCAGAUGAUGAGUGUGAACAUUAUGUCAAGAGCUGGAAGCACUGCCUGUAGUGAUUUUGGGACAUUGAUUGGUUUGCAUGAUCGAUGCAACCUUGAAUAACCUUUCAAAUUAGUACUUAGCAACAACCAAUCACAAUGUAGAGAAUAUAAUAUAAGAGAGUGAUUUCUUACAAAUUUUGCAGAGUAGCUUUUUACACACCCAUUGUAAAUAAGCGAAUAAGAGAGUGGAAUAAAACAGUUUG